UUUUCAUGCUUUGUAGCCAACUUCACGCGAGACGCACUGAAAACAAAAACAGUACAAUAAAAAAAAUCAACAUUUUGCUCAAUAAAAAGAUGAACGUGGACUUGAGGUCGUAUUCGCGGCACUGGCUCACGGAGUUUAUAGAGCAGUACCAGGAGGAAGAGUGCCUGUGGCAGCCGAAGCACAACGACUACAGCAAUCAUGCCGCCCGAAACAGAUCCUACGACAGGCUGGUGGAGAAGCUCAAAGAGGUCGAACCGAAUCCCGACCGACCCAUGGUCGUAAGAAAGAUCAACUCACUUCGCUCGGCAUUUCGGAGAGAGUUUCGGAAGACGACCUGCAAGAGCGACUACGAGACGCGAUUGUGGUACUACGACAAGCUGCUCUUCAUUGCCGACCACAAGCCCAAGCGGCAUGAGCUGGGCACCAAGCCAAAGCGCGAGUUGCAGAUCAGCUUUGACGACGAGGAGUCCAUGGAGUACGAGGAGGAGUCCCAUCACACGAACACACAAUCCCAGCAUAUGGACAACUUAGCGCCCACAUCCUCCGACGAAGUCGAGGAAGUCUCUGCCAACAACAAUGUGGUGGUCAGCAGUGAGGGCGCAACCCUAAGCACGAUAACCGUGACGCCAGCGGAUUGUGUGACGCUGGUGAAGAACGAACAGCAUCAGCAUGACGCGGCUGCCGUCCAGGCACACCAGCAGCUAGUGGCACAAGCGGCGGCGGCCCAGAACUCCAUAGCAGCUGCGGCAGCCCAGGGACAUGCCGUCAAAGUGCUGGAAAUCACAUCCCUAGACUCCAACUCUCAGCGUGAGAUACAACAGGCCGUCAACUCACUGGAGCAACACCAGCAGCAAAUGCAUCUACAGCAGGCGAAUGGUCACAGCCAGUCUGUGCCGACCAUUCAGAUCGGACGCGAACACUAUCAGCCUCUGUUUAGCAAUGCGGGCACCACAGCGUACACAGCCGCACCGCAGCCUCCGCCGCAUGACGAAUACGAUGCGAUUGGUGUGAAUGUGGCCAGCAAAUUGCGCGUCGUCAAUCCCACGCAGCGCAUCAUUGCGGAGAAGCUAAUCAGCGAUGUGCUCUUCAAUGCCCAGCUGGACAACCUCACCGUCAACUCGAUCGUAACGCAGCAGUAAUCUCAGUUGCAAUCGCCAAUAUUUAGGAUAGGAAUAACCCAGUUUAAUAGAAUCCUUUUAUGUCACAUUCUGAUUGCUCUUUCCACUCUGACCUCCUUUGUGGCUAGCAGCAGUUGGCUAACUGUAUCAUACCGUUCGUUUGUAGUUUUUAAUUAAUUCUAUACAAUAAAUAGAUUGUAUAUUUUAAGAUCAA